UCUAGAGGACCUGGACAAGGCGCUCUCGUCUUCCUCACCAGAAGUCCUGGUGGCAUCAGGACAACUUGGUGUUCCGCGAGGACAAGUGACUGAGAUCUGGGGGCCACCAGGCUCCGGGAAAACGGGCCUUGGGUGAGCUGUCCUCUAGAUCCCGCGUGGUUCCCCUUCGAUUCUAUUUUACUUCAUGCUGACACACCGAUAUAGGAUACAAGUCGUUGCCAAUGCGCUGUCCUGUGGCCAGGGCGCAGUUUGGGUUGAUUGUUCGUACGUCGUUUGUGGGCGUCGCCUUGAACGCGUAGUUCGCACGGCCUAUACCGAGACUGGAACAACGGGAUCCUCACCCACCUCCUCCCCAUCCGGUAAAGAGACUCUACGCAAUUCGACUACAGAGAACAACAAGUUUGUCCACUACGCUUGUCGAACAUUAUCGCAUUUUCUCGCAGCCUUGUGUCAACCUACGGGAACAACCUUACCAGAUGAAACGGCCGUCGUCAUCGUAGACUCACUCUCCGCUCUCAUCAACCAUGCCUUCCCUAAAGUUCCCGAAGACCGGUCUGGAGCUAAGCCUGGGACCUCCUUCCGAAAACGACGAGGGUCGGCGGCUAGGCUACAAACUUUGCAAUACGUGAUCGGAGCGUUGCAGAAGCUGGCAGCGACGCGCAACUGCGCCGUCGUAGUUCUGUCGCAGUGCGCGACGAAAAUGCAGUCUGAAAACGGCGCGACCUUGAUACCAUCCGUCAACGCCAGCGUGUGGGAUCAAGGCAUCUCAACGAGAAUCGUUUUGUUUCAAAACUGGGUGUGGAGAGACAACGUCCCGUCCACGGUAUGUUUUGCGGGGGUGCAGAAGAGGGAAGGGGCGUUGCUUUCAAUGGCGGUCCAUAACGCGGCUGCGUUUCGCGUACAAGAGGUCAGUCAGUGCUAUUUGGUCUGUACAUUUGGUGCAGCGAGGCGUGAUUCUGCUUUCGUUCAACCAGCUGAGGGGGGGGGGGGGCAUCGUCUCGGCCGACAUGCGCGGUACUGACGGUAGCUUUCAGACGGGUCUGGUCAGUAUUAAGUGCGAUACAAGCCAGCCUCCCAUUGCAUUGUCAACGACUCCACGCCCUAAGCGCAAGCUCGCCGAUUCUGCA